AUGCAAAGUUGUAAUGCCGAACAAUUUGACAUUGUCACGUGUUAUCAACAAUUUCUGAAAGAUGAUCCGGAUGUAUCCAUGCCAAUCGCGGCGAUAGAGUCACUUGUCGAGUUGAUAAAACAUAGCAAAGCAACCACACUGACGGAAUUCAUGGAAUCUUUGAAAGAUGCUAGUCAAAAACUUAAAUCAUCUGUGAAAAAUUCAAUUUCAUUAUCUGCCGGUGCUGAUUUGUUUUUAAGGUUCGUGACACGAACGUCGCACGAUGUUACAAAUUUUGACGCAUGUAGAGAACAUUUGAUGAAUAGUGGGAAAGUUCUUGUUGAAAAAGCCGCUGCUGUACGUGAAAAGAUUGGUGAUUUAGGCACAAUAUUGAUUCAUUCUUACUCUCGUGUGGUUAUGUUGCUUCUCCAACGUGCUGCAGCUUGUAAAAAAAGAUUUAAAGUUUAUGUUACUGAAUCUAGACCCUCAGGCUUAGGGAUAAGAGCCACUAAAGUAUUAUGCAAAGCAGGAAUUCCGGCAACAGUUAUAUAUGAUACAGCAGUAGGCUACGUUAUUGAUAAAGUUGAUGCUGUUUUUGUCGGAGCAGAAGGUGUUGUUGAAAAUGGAGGGCUCAUUAAUGCUAUUGGCACUUAUCAGCUAGCUAUUGUUGCAAAAGCUGCUAAUAAACCAUUCUAUGCGGUUAUCGAAAGCUAUAAAUUUGUUCGUCUGUUCCCGCUCAACCAAUACGAUCUUCCAACUCACACACCCGAUUUACUUACAUUUCUUGACUUAGAGCAUCACCAUACUGACUUAUCAGAAGAUGAAGUUAUAGGCAAUUAUGAGGCGAUUAACCCCACAGUAGAUUAUACACCACCUGAUUAUAUUACAUUGUUGUGCACAGAUUUAGGUGUAUUAACACCGUCCGGAAGCGUACCUAAUUAA